CUUUGCUUUCUUAGCCAGAUGACCAAAAUGUUCAGUUAGAACAAGAAUUUAGCAUUCUGCAAAAGAAGUUAACAGCCAAGACCUUUCAAGAUUCGGUUCAAGUUUUACUUUCUGAGAAACCUUCGCUGAAGCCCUCCCACACUAGAGGAAACAUUCUGAAAUGGAUCCCAAAUAUUUCAUCUUAAUUUUGUUUUGUGGACAUCUGAACGAUGCUUUUUGCUCAGUGACAGAAGCAACUACAACAGAGAAGCAACCACAGUCUACUUUAUUUAGAUCAUCAAUGCCAUAUGUCUCGGCUAAUUCUCAAAGCACAACAGAGAAUCCUUUGGGUCAACCAACAGAAUUCAACAACCUUUCUUCUGGACAACCAAUAACAACUGCCAAGGUUGCUACUGGACAACCAACAGCAGCUGCCUAUGCCUCUUCUGGGAAACCAGUAGCACAUACUCCUGCUGGACAACCACUUGCCUAUAAUGUCACCAGAAAACCAAUACCAAUGGCCAACACCUCCUCCCAGGGAACAGCACUACCUGCGUUCACCUCAGCCGGACAGCUAUCACCAUCCGCCCAUUCUACCAGACAAGCACCGCCAUCUGUCUACACUCCCACUCAACAACCAUCAUCUAUCCACACCUCUUCUAGAAAAUUAAUAUCACCAACUGUUCAUAAUCUAUCCAUAGAACCAACACCAACUGUCAAAAGUUCACCUAGGGCUACACCAGGAUUCAUCCUAGAACCUAUCAGUGAAAACAGCCCACAGGCUACCAAUGCUAAUUCAAUAGCGGCCACGUUAAUUGGUGUGAUUCUGACUUCUAUGUUGGUAAUUAUAUUCCUGAUUGUACUAUGGAAAUGCUUGCGAAAACCAGUGUUAAAUGAUCAAAAUUGGGCAGGCAGGUCUCCAUUUGCUGAUGGUGAAACGCCUGACGUGUGUCUGGAUAACAUUAGAGAAAACGAAGUAUUCACAAAACGUACAUCAAUUAUUUCAAUUAUGGCCUGGAAACCAAGCAAAAGCACACUUUUAGCAGAUGACUUAGAAGUUAAGUUGUUUGAAUCAAACGAAAACAUUGAAGAGUCUAACAAUCCCAAAACAGAGAAAAUAAAAGAUCAAGCAAAUGGUACAUCAGAAGAUAGUGCUGAUGGAUCAACAGUCGGCACUGCUGUUUCCUCUUCAGAUGAUGCAGAUCUGCCUCCACCGCCUCCUCCCCUUCUUGAUUUGGAAGGAAAGGAGAGCAACCAAUCUGACAACCCCCCAGUGACAACUGUAUCUCCUCCUCCAAAUGAUUCCACCAAUCUCCCAUCAUCUCUGGACUGUCUCAAUCAAGUCUGUGAAGAUCAUAAUUCUGAGCUCAAACAGUCAUUUCCACCUCCCCCUGACUCACUUAACUUGACCCUGCCACCAGAAGAUUUAAUGAAAAACCAGGAGGAUGCCAACAACGAGAUCCAGUGUCAGGAGUCCCCUGUUCCUCCUGAUUCUGACCAAGAUCUCAAUGAAUCCCUGCCACCCCCACCUGCAGAACUUGCUUUGUAGCUGAUUUUGUAUCUUCUUAAAGGACUCCAAUCUUGUUUUUCUUCAUGUGAUGAAAUACAUUAAAUGGCAACUGGUAGCCAAUUUUGAUUUUUAUUCAGGAACUACCUGAAAUCUGCUCAAAGCCUAUGUGCACAAGAGGAAUUAAAAAAAAAAAACUAACAGUGGUCUAUUUACCAGCUAUAGAACCUAACUUUAAUGUAUAGUACACUUUACUUAUGUGGAUGGUAUGUAUAUCAAUAAUUGAAUCAUUUUAGAAACAAGCAAUCUACAUAUACUUAUUAUUACCCAAUGGACAUUUUUCUCCUGAAAAGCUGUAUAUAAAGUUACCCUGAAUAAAUAAAAUUUUAUUUUUCUGUUUCAAAGUUUGAGGGGGUGUAUGUGAGAGAAUUUAAAUAUAUACUCCAAGUUUUAAACAAAAGUAUAAGUUUUAAAUUAAUACCUCAGGUAUUAAAUAACUAUUCCAAGUUUGUGGGGAUGAGAGAUUAAAACAUAUGUCUGAGAGUAAAUUUCCUUUUAGCUCUCAUUGGAAACUGUAAUACAGACAUAUUAAAGCAUCAAAUUGGGGGGUUGAGUUGGGGACAUUUACUCUGAAAAAAAUAAGAGCAUGCACCAUAAAACGUAGACAUUUUCCUAUCUUGUUGGCAGGGCACAAAUUUUAAAACUAGUCUCUUUAAAA